UAUUCCUAUCCAUGCCAAACAAUGUGAGAUCAACGAAAGAAGCCAAACCAUCCCACCAUUUUUUGCAACUGUCUGACCCAUUUCACGAACACACUUUUAGUUUUUUUAGGUUCAACUGUCGUAAGCUUUACAGGCAUCUUGGUUCUUAAGACGCCACAUCCCCAGAAUUUACCAGAUUAUGCUGCACCUCCUCUCCACUUUCAAUCCCACUUAGCCGCUCCCAUUCAAACACCAACCCCCCUUUCAUUUUCGUUUUGUUUUAUAUUUUAAAAGAGAUAACAUACCUCAACUGAACAAUUUCUUGAGUGCCCAUCAUUUAAUUUGCCACAAGAGCUGAAUUGGAAGUUUUUAUCACGCGAGGACCUCUUGACUUGCCCCAAGCAAACACGAGCUGCUGAAUUGUAAUCACGCUUAGUCGGGAGGAAACCUUAAUUUGGAAGAUGUCCCAGUUUGGACAGGUUUCUGCCAUUAACACGAGCAGGCAAUAUAGUGGAUCAAGUGUUUACAGCUCGCAUUAUGCUUGGAGGAAGGACUGCACUAUCGGGCAAACAAAUGGCCUAUCGUUUGCAGUUAGUGAUGCUAUGGGUCAAAAGUUAAGGAUUCGAUCUCCACAUGCUUUUGCAACAAGAUCUAACAGGGCUGCAGUCCCUUUGAAAGUUGUUUGCAUUGAUUAUCCAAGACCGGAGCUUGAGAACACAGUCAACUAUUUGGAAGCGGCUUCCUUAUCAUCAUCAUUUCGUAAUUCUCCCCGUCCAAACAAACCAUUGGAAGUGGUAAUUGCUGGUGCAGGUUUGGCAGGUUUGUCUACUGCUAAGUACUUGGCCGAUGCAGGUCAUAAACCAAUAUUGUUGGAAGCAAGGGAUGUCCUGGGUGGAAAGGUGGCUGCAUGGAAAGAUGAGGAUGGAGACUGGUAUGAGACUGGCUUACACAUAUUCUUUGGGGCUUACCCAAAUAUGCAGAACCUUUUUGGGGAGUUGGGCAUUAAUGAUCGUUUGCAGUGGAAAGAGCAUUCUAUGAUAUUUGCUAUGCCAAGCAAACCAGGAGAGUUUAGCAGAUUUGAUUUUCCAGAAAUUUUACCUGCGCCAUUAAACGGAAUCUUGGCCAUCUUGAAAAACAAUGAAAUGCUUACUUGGCCAGAGAAAGUCAAGUUUGCCAUUGGGCUAUUGCCAGCAAUAAUCGGAGGUCAGUCGUAUGUUGAGGCCCAAGAUGGAAUAACAGUUAAAGACUGGAUGAAAAAGCAAGGGGUGCCAGAGAGGGUAACUGAUGAAGUGUUCAUUGCCAUGUCAAAGGCACUGAACUUCAUAAACCCUGACGAGCUCUCGAUGCAGUGUAUUUUGAUUGCGUUGAACAGAUUUCUGCAGGAGAAGCAUGGUUCCAAGAUGGCUUUUUUGGAUGGUAAUCCACCAGAAAGACUUUGCAUGCCAAUCGUUGAUCAUAUUCAAUCACGAGGCGGCGAAGUCCAGCUGAACUCACGAAUACAAAAGAUUGAUCUGAAUGAAGAUGGUACUGUCAAAAGCUUCAUACUAAAUAAUGGAAAUGUGAUUAAAGGAGAUGCAUAUGUAUUCGCUACUCCAGUUGAUAUCCUGAAGCUUCUUCUGCCUGAGGACUGGAAAGAUAUGCCAUAUUUCAAGAAAUUGGAGAAAUUAGUUGGAGUUCCGGUUAUAAAUGUUCACAUAUGGUUUGACAGAAAACUGAAGAACACAUAUGAUCAUCUACUUUUCAGCAGGAGCCCACUUCUUAGUGUCUAUGCUGACAUGUCCGUAACUUGUAAGGAAUACUACAGCCCAAACCAAUCAAUGUUGGAGUUGGUUUUUGCGCCUGCAGAGGAAUGGAUCUCCUGCAGUAACGAAGAGAUCAUUGAUGCCACAAUGAAAGAACUCGCGAAGCUCUUUCCUGAUGAAAUUGCAGCCGAUCAGAGCAAAGCAAAAAUAUUGAAGUACCAUGUUGUUAAAACUCCUAGGUCUGUGUAUAAAACGGUACCUGGCACUGAGCCUUGUCGCCCACUGCAAAGAUCUCCCAUAGACAGAUUCUAUUUAGCCGGUGACUACACAAAGCAGAAGUACUUGGCUUCAAUGGAAGGUGCCGUCCUCUCAGGAAAGCUUUGUGCUCAGGCCAUUGUACAGGACUAUGAAUCACUAUCUGCAAGAGGGCAGAGAAAGUUGGCAGAGGCGACGAUUGCCUAACAUGUCUCGGGUGAGAGUUAGAUAUAUUCUUUUGCAACUAUAUAAGGAAUUCCAUGUAAGAUGGAAGACAGGCAUGCAGCAUAUACACAUGUUACACAACCACGACAAUGACAGUGUAAAAAAUUGAUGGCUCGUUCAAUUCUUUUGAUGCAUGUCGUCGAACUACAUGUCAAUUUCGCUUUCACAGUUGUAAGAUAUUGAUGUUUAAUCAUCCUUAAAUACGCUUCUUGUAGCAUAUAUAUGUUGUUGAGGCACAGUCGAUGAACAACAGAUGAAUAUUUAUGUGCUAUACUUGGUUGGCUCAA